AGAAAUGAACUUUAUUUUCAAAUAUUUGUGUGAAUAUUACUUAUACACGAUUUUAACUCAUUUAAUAAUUCACUGAAAGAGAAGUCAGUAGAAAAAUUUGGUUAAAAUACAGUAAAUUGUUUAAGUAAUACAGUACACGUGAAGAUAUGGACGAUUUGGUACGUAAACUGCAGACCCUUGAAGUGGAUGAUCGCCGGAGAGAAACUGUGGACAAACCAAAACUACCGAAAGGCAAACGGACGGCCUAUAUCUUCUUCAGACAACAAUACGGCGCUGUCCUCAAUGGCAAACGAGAUAAGCACGAGAAGUUGGGUCUGGGACAGUUGUCCAAAUUAUGUUCCCAACGCUGGAAGGAAGUGAGCGCCAAAGAGAAGGAAAAGUAUACAAAACUUGCGAACGAAGACCUCAAUCGUUAUCAUAAAGAAACGCAAGAAUACGAGAAACAAAAGAAGGCUUACGACAAAUAUAUCGAUGAGAUGAGCGAUUGUGGACUUCUUAAGACACUGGCAGAUAAGGAACAGUUGGAUGAGUUGCUGCACUUAAAGCCCGAAGAGCGUCACAAACUUACACACAAAGUGUCCGCAAAAGGGUCUUCAAAAGUGACCGCAAAAGCCGUCACCAAAAAAGUUGUUAAAAAUUAUGAAGAGGAAGACGAAGAGGACGAGAAGGAAGAGGACGAAGAAGAGGAAGAAGAAGAGGAGGAGGAAGAAGAAGAAGAAGAGGUGAAUGGAAGCGACGAAGAGGAAGAAAAGGACACAGAGGAAGAAGAGGAGGAAAAUGUGGGCCAAAAAGUGACCAAAAGUAGUAAACGAUUAGAUUUCGAUGAAUUGGUCGAAGAGGAGGAAGAAGAGAAGAGUGAGUCGAGUGGAUCUGAAUCGGAAAAGAGCGAGGAAUCAGAUGUCAAGCAUUUUAACGACGAUAUACUCACUGAAGAGACGGAUUCCGAUGACAACCGAAAAGUGGUUCAAAAAGUGCCCAAAAAGAAAGUGCUGACGAAGAAGGCGCCGGAGAAAGAGGUGAACAAAAAUGGUCGACAAAGAGGUGCCCGGAAGUGAUAAACCGAUUCAAGAGUUGUCUCAAAGUUUUUAUGAUAUAAAAGAG